GCGAUGCCCAGUGACACCCCGGCCUUCAGCAAGCCCCCGGACGUCGCGGGCCCGGAGGACAAGGCGAACAGCUUCGGGAAGGCGGCGGCCCCCAUGGCGGCCGCCCCGGCGGACAGGGGCGCCGCUGCAGCGGGGAAGAAGCAGCCGCGACUGCCCAAGUGUGCCCGCUGCCGCAACCACGGCUACUCCUCGCCGCUGAAGGGGCACAAGCGCUUCUGCAUGUGGCGGGACUGCCAGUGCAACAAGUGCAGCCUAAUCGCCGAGCGGCAGCGUGUCAUGGCAGCGCAGGUUGCCCUAAGAAGACAGCAAGCUCAGGAAGAGGAACUGGGAAUCAGCCACCCAGUGCCUCUGCCCAGUGUCCCUGAGACGUUUGUUAAGAAGAACAGUGGUGGCAACUCUUGCCUCUCACUGGAAAGCAGCAGCCCAAUGCACUCGACAAGUACAGCCAUGACAGCAGCUAGUACACCGCCAGAGGGACGGAUGCUCAUUCAGGACAUCCCUUCCAUCCCCAGCAGAGGGCACUUGGAGAGCACAUCUGAGUUGGUUGUGGACUCCGCCUACUACAGCAGUUUUUACCAGCCAUCUCUGUAUCCUUGCUAUAACAACCUGUGCAACUAUUCCCAGUACCAGAUGGCAGUGGCCAGUGAGCCUUCCUCAAGUGAGACAGGGGGUACAAUUGUAGGGUCGGCCAUGAAGAACAGCCUUCGAAGUCUCCCAGCAACAUACAUGCCGAGCCAGUCAGGAAAACAGUGGCAGGUGAAGGGCAUGGAGAGACACCACGCCGUCAGCUCCCAGUACCGCAUGUGUUCCUACUACCCACCUGCUUCUUACCUGGGACAGGGGGUUGGCGCUCCCAUGUGCCUCCCCCAAAUCCUGACCUCUGAGGACAUCCCCUCCUCCUCAGAGUCAAAAGCCAGAGUGUUUUCGCCGCCCAGCAGCCAGGACUCCGGCCUGGGGUGCCUGUCGAGCAGCAGUGAGAACACCAAGGGGGACCUGGAGUGCGAGGCCCCCGCGCAGCCCGUCAACUUCGCGAUGAGCCCGGUGCAGGAGGGCGGCGAGUAG